CGAAACUGAUAAAGCGACCAAAUGCUUUACUGAAUUCAUGUCAACGUGACUUUUUUUUAAAAUGGAUCUAAAAAAACAUGUAAUUUUCAUGAUGUGGAUUGCUUUUGUUCGAUCUGGUCGACGCCUUACAGGUUACACUUUUAAACGUGAAGAACUAAUCGAAUUUAAACAGUGUUUCAAAUCAUGUUACGUUCACACCGAUUGUCUCUCGGUCAAUUUUAGCGUAAAUCGAUUGUUGUGUGAGCUGAAUUCACAACAGGAGACCGAUAUUGUUCAAGUCAAGGAAAAUUCGGACGAAACGGGGGAUUUUAUAUACGUCUCUAGAAACUCUUUUUCACAGGAAAUACAGUCCUUGGCUGGACGUUGUAGCAAUACUAGUUGUCAUUCGGGUAAAAGAUGCAUUCCCUUAUCUUUAGGAGGAUUUGCUUGCGUUAUAACAAGAUGCUUAGGAGAACCCCUACCAGUGCAUUACGGUUAUAGCGCCAGUCUUCAUGCUAGCCUUUACAAUGGUGGAUUUUUUUCUUCGGAAAGCUACGUAGGAGAGAAAAGAAAGUAUACAUGCGCAAAUGGAACUGUUCCAGUCGGUGGAAAUCAAGUCACGUGUUUGGCAAACGGCCAAUGGGAGAAACCAAUGUUUAAAUGUCAAGUGUGUACUGCAGCAAAUGAUACAAUGGGUGAAAGAUACUGGGGGACUGUGAAUGUGACAAUAAACAAUAGAUCCUGUCAGCGGUGGGACACCACUAGUCCACAUAACCAUAGUUUCAUUGAUCUUGAGGAAAACUAUUGCCGAAAUCCGGACCAGGAACCUCGGCCUUGGUGUUACACAACAGAUCCAAGCAGAAGGUGGGAACUGUGUGAUGUACCCGUGUGUAACUAAGCAAAAGAAGAACUGGUGCUCAAGGAGAAAAGAAAAAAUCCAUAAUGAUUAUGCUCUUAUGUCAUCAAAAAUUAUUAGGUCGCUAAAUAUGGCGUCAUGAUUCGGAGUCUGCAUCUGCUGUCUCUUGGAAAAGCAGAAAUAGAUAAUAUGAUAUUAAAUAUAUAACAUCAUGUUGGAUGCAGCUGAACAUUAAAAAAAACUAUGAGAUUUUUAGCUAUCCUGAUUAGGAAUUUCGAAAUUUAAAGUAUGAUCAUAAUCAUUUAGUUAAAUAAUUUACACAUGACGAACAACAAAUCAGUAGGUUGUUCGUUUUGAUAAUGGUGAUUUUAUAAUCGUUAAUUUAGAACAUUUUUGAUUAUGGAUAAAUAAGUUUAAGUAAUAAAUGUGAUGUAUGGGAAGAAAAGAUGCAGAUGCGUUCUUCAAGUUAUCAAUGUGAAUAAUUCAUUGGAAAUUGUACUGUAGUUUUGGUUGCUCCUCCAUGUUUCCCAUGAUGCUAGACCAUAUUCAACCUUAUUUAACAGUGUUUACAAUAAGAAAUAUAAAUAUUAACACUAACCUCAGAUUUUCCAAUCCUCA